AUAUCACCAGUCACCACAAGUUGAGGGAGACCCUUUUCGUAGGAAAGGAAGGGACUUUCCCCGGUGAAACAAACGCCGCCUUCCGACAAGUCAAGGGUCAUCGGUUGUUCGCUCGUCUCUGGAAGAACAGCGAGUGCCCGCCUUCUUCUUCCCCUCGCACUCUGAUGCCCAAUGGCUUCCGCUGCUAAGCCGUCCAUUGAAGACCCUAAGCUGAAGCUUCAAAAGGAGAUCAGGAGUCAUGAAGUUGCAAUCGCAGAGCUAAGUUGCCUGUCGUCUUCUCGAAAAGUUUACCAAAAGAAUGGUACAAUCUUCUUUCGCACAAGCAUUGACUUAGCAUUGACAUCUGAAAAGAAGCAGCUAGACUUGGCCAAGUCAAAGUUAGAAAAGAUUAAUCCCACCUGAUCUCCAUUAUGUUGGCUAGAAAAGUAAAGGUGUUUUUAUGAUUAAAUUGAUGUAGAGGGAAGGGAAGGUGUGCUGUUGUUUGUGAUUUCUCUUUUGUCCAUCAAGUACUAGAGCUGGACAAAUUGUUGGUUUCUAUUGGCAUGUUCCAGAUUAGGUUGUACAGAUAACUGUACUAAACAGCAGUGAAAGAUACACAUGAAUGAUAUACACAAGUAGAAAAACGUUCUGCA